ACACUCUCCGCCCGCCGGACGGGAGGCGGGGUGGCAGCCCGAUUAAAGAAGCAGCCUGGAAGGAAGGAAGAAGCGAGGGAGGGACGGGAACAGUUGGAGGAGGAGCAGCGAGCUGGGCUGCGGCGACCGGAGGAGGAGCGGCCCCCGCGAGGCCACGUUUUGUUUUUGUUAUUUUCCAUCGAAAUAGUUCUCGCAGGCCCUCCCCGAGAACCGACCGCGCCGAAGCCCGGGAGCCCCGACCUUCCAGGUGACAGCUGGUCACCCUGGUAGGAGUCAGCUCCGCCCCAAGUCACCCCCUCCGGCCCACAGCCCAUUCCCCGCCCUGCCUCCCAGUGCCCGCCCGGGGCGAGCGCGGCGGCCGCAACGGCUCUGCAGCGCUGGAACUGGCGGCGACCGGCGGAGGCGCGGGGCCCUCGGCGUUGUCCUCUGACCCAGCGGAGCCGCGGACGAGGAAGGGUAAAGUUUGGACCCAGGCUCGAUCCGGAGCAAGAAGGAUAGCGAUUUAACCCGCCCUCUCCUGCCAGUCCUGCUGCCGGGCGCUCCCCGGGUGCCCGCCGCCAGAGCCUGGGAGCCGCGCCCGAAGUGCCGCAUGGGGCAGGGCCACUGAAGCGCGGAGUUCGGGGUCGCGCCGAGGCGGGCGCAGGGGCCCAGCGCGGCUGUUGGCACAGUUUCGGCGGCGCCUUCAACGCGAGAACUGGGGGCGCGACGCGCCGAUCCGGCCGCCUCCGUGCCCUCGGGAGGCGCGAGUUAUGGAGCCCCACAGCUGCAUUCAGGAUGAGCCGUUCCCGCACCCCCUGGAGCCCGAGCCGGGCGCCCCUGCGCAACCUGGCCAGGGGAAGCCGGGCGACAAGAGGUUCCGGCUGUGGUACGUGGGAGGGUCGUGCCUGGACCGCAGGACCACGCUGCCCAUGCUGCCCUGGCUCAUGGCCGAGAUCCGCCGGCGCAGCCAGAAGCCCGAGGCGGGCGGCUGCGGGGCGCCGGCGCCCCGCGAGGUGCUGCUGGUGCUCAGCGCGCCCUUCCUGCGCUGCGUGCCCGCGCCGGGCGCCGGUGCCGCUGGGGGCUUUGGCCCUACGGCCGCGCAGCCCAACCCGGCAGUGUUCAUCUUCGAGCACAAGGCGCAGCACAUCUCGCGCUUCAUCCACAACAGCCACGACCUCACCUACUUUGCUUACCUGAUCAAGGCGCAGCCAGACGACCCGGAGUCGCAGAUGGCCUGCCACGUUUUCCGCGCCACAGACCCCAAUCAGGUUCCCGAUGUUAUCAGCAGCAUAAGGCAGUUAUCGAAAGCUGCCAUGAAGGAGGACGCCAAACCCAGCAAAGACAACGAGGACGCCUUUUACAACUCACAGAAGUUCGAGGUCUUGUACUGUGGCAAGGUGACCGUGACCCACAAGAAGGCCCCGUCCAGCCUCAUCGACGACUGCAUCGAGAAGUUCAGCCUGCACGAGCGGCAGCGCCUGCGGGUCCAGGGCGAGCCGCGCGCCGCGGAUGCCGGCGACGACCCGGCGGUGUCGGAGGCCCAGGCGCCCGCUUCCCCCGCCGACGUUCUGUCCGAGGAAGGGGAUGGCGUCACCGACACCCACCCCGUCUUCCCCGCGGCGCCCAGCCAGCCUGGGCCGUCCAGCUCUCGAGUCUGCUUCCCUGAGCGGAUUUUGGAAGAUUCUGGCUUUGAUGAACAGCAGGAGUUCCGGUCUCGGUGCAGCAGCGUCACCGGUGUCCUGCAAAGGAAAGUUCACGAGAACAGCCAGAAGCCGCAGCCGCGGAGGAGGCAUGCCAGCGCGCCCAGCCACGUCCAGCCCUCGGAUUCGGAGAAGAACAGAACGAUGCUGUUUCAGGUUGGACGGUUUGAGAUUAACCUUAUCAGUCCAGACACUAAAUCACUUGUGCUUGAGAAGAAUUUUAAAGAUAUCUCUUCUUGUUCCCAGGGUAUAAAGCAUGUUGAUCACUUUGGCUUUAUCUGUCGGGAGUUGCCGGAGCCCGGGCUGAGCCAGUAUAUCUGUUACGUGUUCCAGUGUGCCAGCGAAUCUCUGGUUGAUGAGGUAAUGCUGACUCUGAAACAGGCUUUCAGCACGGCCGCUGCCCUGCAGAGUGCCAAGACCCAGAUUAAGCUGUGCGAGGCCUGCCCUAUGCACUCUUUGCAUAAGCUCUGUGAAAGGAUUGAAGGUCUCUAUCCGCCAAGAGCCAAGCUGGUAAUACAGAGGCAUCUCUCGUCCCUGACAGAUAAUGAGCAGGCUGACAUCUUUGAACGAGUUCAGAAAAUGAAGGCAGUCAACGACCAGGAGGAAAAUGAACUUGUGAUUUUACAUCUGAGGCAGCUGUGCGAAGCCAAGCAGAGGACACACAUUCAUAUUGGGGAAGGCCCACCGGCUAUUUCAAAUAGUACAAUCCCAGAAAAUGCGACGAGCAGUGGAAGGUUCAAACUUGACAUUCUGAAAAAUAAAGCUAAGAGAUCCUUAACUAGCUCUCUGGAAAAUAUCUUCUCAAGGGGAGCUAACAGAAUGAGAGGUCGGCUUGGAAGUGUGGACAGCUUUGAACGAUCCAACAGUGUUGCUUCAGAGAAGGACUGCUCCCCAGGAGACUCCCCGCCAGGGACCCCACCAGCUUCCCCACUGUCCUCAGCUUGGCAGGCGUUCCCUGAAGAGGAUUCCGACUCCCCGCAGUUUCGAAGACGGGCCCACACGUUCAGCCACCCACCUUCCAGCACGAAGAGAAAGCUGAAUUUACAGGAUGGGAAGGCUCACGGGCUUCGCUCCCCUCUUCUGAGGCAGAGCUCCAGCGAACAGUGCAGCAUCCUUGCAUCAGUUCGGCGCAUGCACGAGGAGAGUAAUUCUUCCUCCAGUCUUCCAAGUCUUCACACUUCCUUCUCUGCCCCUUCCUUCACUGCCCCCUCUUUCCUGAAAAGCUUUUACCAGAAUUCAGGUAGACUGUCCCCACAGUAUGAAAAUGAAAUCAGACGGGACACUGCUUUAGAAUCAAGUGAUGGAGAGGGGAGAAAAAGGACCUCGUCUACCUGCAGCAAUGAGUCCCUAAACGUUGGAGGAACCCCUGUCACUCCUCGCCGAAUUUCCUGGCGGCAGCGCAUCUUCCUUAGGGUUGCCUCUCCCAUGAACAAAUCUCCCUCGGCCAUGCAGCAGCAGGACGGACUGGACACGAGUGAGCUGCUGCCACUGUCCCCUCUUGCUCCACCCAUGGAGGAGGAACCGCUGGUUAUAUUCGUGUCUGGUGACGAUGACCCAGAAAAGGCUGAAGAAAGAAAAAAGUCGGAGGAACUGAGGAGUUUGUGGAGAAAAGCUAUACACCAACAAAUCCUGUUGCUUCGAAUGGAAAAAGAAAACCAGAAACUUGAAGCAAGCAGAGAUGAACUCCAGUCCAGAAAAGUUAAAUUGGAUUAUGAAGAAGUUGGUAUAUGUCAGAAGGAGGUCUUAAUAACCUGGGAUAAGAAGUUGUUAAACUGCAGAACUAAAAUCAGAUGCGAUAUGGAAGAUAUUCAUACUUCUCUUAAAGAAGGUGUUCCCAAAAGUCGACGAGGAGAAAUCUGGCAGUUCCUAGCUUUGCAGUAUCGUCUAAGACACAGAUUGCCUAAUAAACAACAACCUCCUGACACAUCCUAUAAAGAGCUUUUAAAGCAGCUCACGGCUCAGCAGCAUGCUAUUCUCGUGGAUUUAGGGAGGACAUUUCCUACUCAUCCUUACUUUUCAGCACAGCUUGGGGCAGGGCAGCUGUCUCUCUUUAACCUCUUGAAAGCCUACUCAUUGCUGGACAAAGAAGUGGGUUACUGUCAGGGGAUCAGCUUUGUGGCUGGAGUCCUGCUUCUGCACAUGAGUGAAGAGCAAGCCUUUGAAAUGCUGAAAUUCCUCAUGUAUGACCUGGGCUUUCGCAAGCAGUACCGACCUGACAUGAUGUCACUACAGAUUCAAAUGUACCAGCUGUCCAGGCUCCUUCAUGACUAUCACAGAGAUCUCUACAAUCAUCUUGAAGAAAAUGAAAUCAGCCCCAGUCUUUAUGCUGCCCCCUGGUUCCUCACAUUGUUUGCCUCUCAAUUUCCAUUAGGAUUUGUAGCCAGAGUUUUUGAUAUUAUUUUUCUUCAGGGAACUGAAGUUAUAUUUAAGGUUGCCCUCAGCCUGCUGAGCAACCAAGAGGCACUCAUAAUGGAAUGUGAAAACUUUGAAAAUAUUGUUGAAUUCCUUAAAAGCACGCUCCCUGAUAUGAAUUCCUCUGAAAUGGAAAAACUUAUCUCCCAGGUUUUUGAGAUGGAUAUUUCUAAGCAGUUACACGCCUAUGAGGUGGAGUAUCACGUGCUGCAGGAUGAGCUCCAGGAAUCUUCCUACGCCUGCGAGGAGAGCGAACCCAUGGAGAAGUUGGAGAGGGCCAACAGCCAACUGAAAAGACAGAACAUGGACCUCCUAGAAAAAUUACAGAUAGCUCAUGCUAAAAUCCAGACCUUGGAAUCCAACCUGGAAAAUCUUUUAACCAGAGAGACCAAAAUGAAGUCUUUGAUCCGGACCCUGGAACAAGAGAAAAUGGCUUAUCAAAAGGCAGUGGAGCAAAUUCGGAAGCUGCUGCCAGCAGAUGCUCUGGCCAAUUGCGAACCGCUGCUGAGAGACUUCAACUGCAACCCUAACAGCAAAGCCAAGACAGGAAACAAGCCGUAACUGAAGACGUGCCACCCCAGCAGGAAGUGCUCUGAGGAUGCUACCGACAGAAGGAGUCUGCAUGCUGCUGGCCCAGAGCUGACAGAACCACUGAAGUGGUUCCGAGCCCAAGUCAGAGCCGGUAACCCUCGCUCUCCUUAGAGCAUGCCAGUUCUAAGCCAUUGUACAUAUGUAGACUGUUUUUUGCUGUCCUUGUUGACUAUGUACAUAUAUAUAUAUAAUGGACAUAAAGAGUUCAUGCUUUCACAUAAAGGAGUAGAUGUAUAUUUAGAGCAAUUUUUAAAAAAAAUCAAAACUUCAUGAAAUCUAGACCAAAGGGAAGUUAAAAUGAAAUUCCCCUUGGACACAUGUGAAAUCAUUUGUUUUUGUAGUGAAACAAAGCUAGAACAUCUUUGUAUAUUGAAAUAUACUUGAAAAAAAAUGAAUGUAUUUUUUU